GCCAUCCCGGCCGGGCGUGGACUUUGCUCCGGCAGCCUGUCCCAGUGAGGACAGGCACACGGUACUCGGCCACACCAUGGGGCGCCCACUGCACCUCGUCCUGCUCAGUGCCUUCUUGGCCAGCCUCCUGCUGCCCGGGGAAAGUCUGUUCAUCCGCAGGGAGCAGGCCAACAACGUCCUGGCGAGGGUCAGGAGGUCCAAUUCCUUUCUUGAAGAGAUGAAGAAAGGAAACCUUGAAAGAGAGUGCAUGGAAGAGACCUGCUCAUACGAAGAGGCCCGCGAGGUCUUCGAGGACAGCGACAAGACGAAUGAAUUCUGGAAUAAAUACAAAGAUGGCGACCAGUGUGAGACCAGUCCUUGCCAGAACGAGGGCAAAUGUAGAGACGGCCUUGGGGAAUACACCUGCACCUGUUUAGAAGGAUUCGAAGGCAAAAACUGUGAAUUGUUCACACGGAAGCUCUGCAGCCUGGACAACGGAGAGUGUGACCAGUUCUGCCACGAGGAGCAGAACUCGGUGGUGUGCUCCUGCGCCAGGGGGUACACCCUGGCCGACAACGGCAAGGCCUGCAUUCCCACAGGACCCUACCCCUGUGGGAAACAGACCCUGGAGCGCAGGAAGAGGUCAGCAGCCCAGGCCACCAACAGCAGCGGGGAAGCCCCCGACAACAUCAUAUGGAAGCCGGAUGACGCAGCCGACCUGGACGCCACCGAGAACCCCUUUGACCUGCUUGACUUCAACCAGACGCAGCCCGAGAGGGGUGACAACAACCUCAUCAGGAUCGUGGGCGGCCGGGAAUGCGAGAACGGGGAGUGUCCCUGGCAGGCCCUGCUCAUCAAUGAGGAAAACGAGGGGUUCUGUGGUGGCACCAUUCUGAGCGAGUUCUACAUCCUCACUGCAGCCCACUGUCUCUACCAAGCCAAGAGAUUCAAGGUGAGGGUAGGGGACCGGGACAUGGAGCAGGAGGAGGGCGGCGAGGCGGUGCACGAGGUGGAGGUGAUCAUCAAGCACAACCGGUUCACAAAGGAGACCUAUGACUUCGACAUCGCCGUGCUCCGGCUCAAGAGCCCCAUCACCUUCCGCAUGAACGUGGCACCCGCCUGCCUCCCCGAGCGCGACUGGGCCGAGUCCACGCUGAUGACGCAGAAGACGGGGAUUGUGAGCGGCUUCGGGCGCACCCACGAGAAGGGCCGGCAGUCCACCAGGCUCAAGAUGCUGGAGGUGCCCUACGUGGACCGCAACAGCUGCAAGCUCUCCAGCAGCUUCAUCAUCACCCAGAACAUGUUCUGUGCCGGCUACCACGCCAAGCAGGAAGACGCCUGCCAGGGGGACAGUGGGGGCCCCCACGUCACCCGCUUCAAGGACACCUACUUCGUGACAGGCAUCGUCAGCUGGGGAGAGGGCUGCGCCCGGAAGGGGAAGUACGGGAUCUACACCAAGGUCACCGCCUUCCUCAAGUGGAUCGACAGGUCCAUGAAAACCAGGGGCUUGCCCAAGGCUGAGAGCCGUGCCCCAGAGGCCAGCACGUCCUCUCCAUUAAAGUGAGAUCCCACGCAAGGCCUGGUCCAGAUGUUGAGUCCUUACCCCGCUGCAUCCGGCACUGUCCCUUGGCCUCAAGUUAAAUGGCCAUGAAAACCAAGUGAACCUUCAGUAAACAGAAAAGACUCCA